GCCUUUAAUACGCGUAGCUGCCACAUGGCGGAGUCUCCAAAAGUUUCCCGGGACUUCGUUUCAUUCUCACACGAUCCGCCGCCCAGAGACAGACGCGCUUCGUUCGGACUUCGCCUCGUCGUUUCAGCUCCACACCGCAUAAAAGAGUCGGAGCCAUGGGGAAGGGCUGCAUUGCAGUGACCAAAUACAUCCUGUUCUUCUUCAACCUUCUCUUCUUCCUCUUCGGUUUGCUAAUCCUGGGAUUCGGCCUCUGGGUUCUCCUGGACAAGCAGAGCUUCAUCGCCGUCCUGCAGGAGUCUUCUGCCAGUCUCAAGGUGGCCUCCUACAUCUUGAUCGGCGUUGGCUCCCUCUGCGUUCUAAUGGGCUUCCUCGGAUGCGUGGGAGCCAUCUACGAGAUCCGCUGCCUGCUGGGACUGUACUUUACCUGCCUGCUGCUGAUUCUCAUUGCCCAAGUGACAGCUGGUGUGCUCAUCUACUUCCAGCGGGACCUGCUGAAGAACGAGUUGUCCGGCAUCGUCAACAAGAUUAUUGUGGAGUACUCGGGGCAGAACAAGACCACGGAACUGGCCUGGGACUACAUCCAGAGGACGGUCAAAUGCUGUGGCUGGACUGGACCUAGUAACUGGACUGAGAACUCUGUGAUCAGGAACUCUACACUGAUUCUUUACCCAUGUUCCUGUCACAACACCUCCCUGGGUGACCAAAGGACAGAGAGUGGGUUUUGUGGUAGCAUGAGCAGAGACUGGCCCGUCUAUCAAAAGGGCUGCAUCUACAGUGUGGAGAACUGGCUGCUCAGUAACAUUGGAGUUAUUUUGGGAAUCUGUGCAGGAGUAGCUUUCAUUGAGCUGCUGGGGAUGAUCCUGUCUUUGUGCCUAUGCAAGAGUGUCCACCAGGAAGAUUACACUAAAGUGCCGAAGUACUGAAUCUGAGAAUGGAGGGUGCUGCUCGCUUGCACUCCCACACAAGCUACACACUCUGCCAGCCCACAGGAUUCACAUUCUCUCUCCCCUUUAAAUCCUCCAAAUACUGACUCCUGUAUCUUUUGAACUGGCAGAAAAAAGGCAGGACCAAGAACUGCCACAGGUGGCACAGCCAGUCAGACAACACAGUGAUCUGUGAUUUCUGUAAUUAAUGGAAACUAAAAAUCCCUGAAUUAUAAUUGGUACGUUAUAAUAGCACAUACAACAUCUCUAUUUUAACUUUUUUUUAAAGGGGAAGAACUAUCUUAUGUAGACCGAAUUUUAAGCUUUUUUUUUUUAAACAGUUUACUGUGUCCCUCAGACUCGCCCUAGUGUUUGGAUUGUGUGAUAGAUAGAACAUCUAGAGAGGUAACUGCUUAACUAAAGUAUUUUUUACUUUUUUGUACUUUUUAAACCUUUUUGUUUUUAUUCUGUUGCCGAGUUUCCUCUGAGCACUUUAUUACGUUUUGAGAUGAGGUUUGUUAACGUUGAUAUGGGGGGACUGUGUGGAUAUCGGUGGCAGUGCCCAGAUGAGGUGGUUGGGGCUUUUGGGUUUGUCGGUGGAGUUUUUCAUUCAUUCUUAAGCUCCGUUUUUGGGCGGCCCAAGAACAAACAGUGGAUGGGGAGGGGGCCACUCACAGGGCCCUCUGUUGUUACCACUGUCCCACUGCAUAAACUGAGGAUGUUGGCGAGAUUUGAAAGCUGUGUUGCUGAGUUUGCAGCUUCCAGUUCCCCGUGGGCUUUCUGCUAUCGCCACAAGUCUGUCAGCAGGAAGCUGUUAGCUACGGCUCGCACCUUUCAGUCUUGUCAUCGAUGUCCUUAUGGCCGCACCAGCUGAGGUGGCAAGCAAUCACUCCCUCCACCCUGUGAGCUCCACGCCUACUGGUCUGUCAACAAAAGUGCCAAACAGAAUCGUUUUGCUUAAACUUUAUCAUCCUUUUGUGUGCAUGAUCCUUUUUUGUGUAUAUAAUUUAGAUUAUAUAUAUAAAGAACAUAUAAGUGGUUAGACCCAGGUUUGCUCAGCAUUUUUGUUUGGGGAGAAGCCGCCAUCCGUAUGUUAAUCGCUUUCGAAAAGCCUUUGUUCAUUUUCCACGCUGUUGUUUUUGACAUACAGAUUUUUGGCUGGCCGGUCAGCGCUGUCAGCAGUAUAUAGCAGAACAUGAAGAUCUGUAAAGCUUCCACAGGAAAGAGUUUUGCAGAUCCCUUGCUGUCCUUAAAGCCAGCCCACUACGAUCGCUAACCUUGCAUUGCACACGUUCCACACAUAUAGCUUUGGUUUAGCUACCCGCACACCGCUGCUUGUUUAAGAAGCUUGCCAGACUCGUCUUCGCUUGACGUGCCGCUUGACUCCCUGGGAACUUUUACUCUUAAGCUGUAUAAUAGCUGAUGCAACUUUCAACUGAGCGAAAGUAUUAUAGCUCCAUUAGUUUAUAUUUCUAGUUGUGCACAUGGUAAAUUUCCUAUAAAGAAACGACAACAAAAAAUAUUGAGGCUUUGUCUUGAUCUCUUAGAAUAAAACUAUUAUGUAAAAAAGUGGUUUUUUUUUUUUUUUUUUUGAGUGAUUCCUUUAUUUUAAUUCUACGAAUUAAGUUUAAAGGUUCGGUUAAAUAUUGAAUGGGUGUAUGAUGGUAUAUAUUCACAAUUUGUCCUUAAAAUCCAGGAACACUUUUAUUGUAAAUGUUCAUUUCCCAUUCCACUUUUUUUCCCCCCGUUCAAUCGCUGGAACUUGGAAUAAAGUGAACAUCCUCACAAA